CCGCUCCGUUCAGACACACGAGCGCCGGCCGCCGCAGCAGCAGCAGCGCAGCUUUUGACGCUCCCCAACGUGUGUGUUAUGAGACGUAUUUUGUAAGGUGCCUCGGCUCGGCGUUGUGUUUGCGGAGCGGGCGGGUUACUCAACCUCUGAGCUGACAGGGACGUGAAAAACACAACUUCACCUCGGCUGAUUUGAGAAGGCAGAACCGGCUGUGUGCUAGUGAGCUCACACUAGCAGACACACGAUGUUUCCAGCUAGCAGAUAUUCAAGUAAAGCCCACAGGUGUAUCAGAGCACUGAAGUCCAUACAGACAGAUCAUGCUGCUCCUCAGCUGUACACAACACUACACAGACGGACGUGCUCGUCUGUGUCAACACCUCGCAUCACAACACACUACACCAUCCAUCCUCGAGAGAAGGAUCCAAGAUGGGAAGGCGUCGAAAUGGAAAGAUUUGCGGAUGAGGCAGACGUGGUGAUCGUAGGUGGGGGUCCUGCUGGACUCUCAGCAGCCAUUCGUCUGAAGCAGCUCGCCAACGAACAAGAGAAGGAGCUGCGAGUGUGCCUGGUGGAGAAGGCCUCACAGAUUGGAGCGCACAUCUUGUCAGGAGCCUGUCUGGAGCCCACCGCCCUCAACGAGCUAUUCCCUGAUUGGAAGGAACGAGGGGCGCCCCUGAACACUCCGGUGACUGAAGAUGUGUUCAGCAUUUUAACAGAGAAAUACAGAAUUCCUGUCCCCAUUUUACCAGGUCUGCCCAUGGUGAAUCAUGGUAACUACAUUGUGAGACUGGGGAACUUUGUGCGCUGGCUGGGCGAGCAGGCCGAGGAGCUCGGGGUGGAGCUGUAUCCCGGCUACGCUGCAGCUGAGGUUUUGUUUCACGAAGAUGGAAGUGUGAAAGGAAUUGCUACCAAUGACGUCGGCAUCGCCAAGGAUGGCUCACCGAAGGAUGUUUUCGAGCGAGGGAUGGAGCUGCAUGCUAAAGUCACGUUGUUCGGGGAGGGCUGCCAUGGCCACCUGGCCAAGCAGCUUUACAAGCAAUUCAACCUGCGGGAGAACUGUGAACCCCAGACGUACGCUAUCGGCCUGAAGGAGGUUUGGACGAUUGAUGAGAAGAAGUGGAGGCCCGGCAGAGUGGAGCAUUCUGUGGGCUGGCCCCUGAACCGGAACACGUAUGGAGGAUCCUUCCUGUAUCAUCUCAAUGAAGGCGAGCCGCUCGUGGCCCUGGGCUUAGUGGUCGGUCUGGACUACACCAACCCGUACCUGAGCCCCUUCAGGGAGUUCCAGCGCUGGAAACAUCACCCCUCUGUAGCUCCGACCCUGGAGGGAGGCACCAGGAUUGCAUACGGAGCCCGGGCGCUGAACGAAGGAGGAUUACAGUCGAUCCCAAAGCUGACUUUCCCCGGAGGGCUGCUCAUUGGCUGCAGCCCCGGCUUCAUGAACGUCCCAAAGAUCAAAGGCACCCACACAGCGAUGAAGAGCGGCAUGCUCGCCGCCGAGGCCAUUUUCUCCAAAGUCACAGCAGAGAGCGUGGACUCGGAGACGGCAGGACUUCAUGUACCUGAAUACGCUGACAGCCUGAAGAAUUCAUGGGUGUGGAAAGAGUUGUACGCAGUUAGAAACAUCAGGCCGUCCUUCCACAAUUACUUCGGCCUGUAUGGGGGGAUGGUCUACACGGGGAUCUUCUACUGGAUCUUUAGAGGAAAAGAGCCCUGGACCUUGAAACAUUGUGGCCUUGAUGCACACCAGCUGAAACCGGCCAAAGAUUGUACACCGAUUGAAUAUCCCAAGCCAGACGGCAAGAUAAGCUUUGACCUGCUCUCGUCUGUGGCCCUGAGCGGCACCAACCACGAGGGGGACCAGCCCGCCCAUCUGACCCUGAGGGAUGACAGCGUCCCGGUUGGCCAGAACCUCGCCAUAUACGACGGGCCUGAACAACGUUUCUGCCCUGCAGGUGUGUACGAGUACGUUCCCUUGGAAACUGGAGAUGGGAUGAGAUUGCAGAUUAACGCUCAAAACUGUGUCCACUGUAAGACCUGCGAUAUCAAGGACCCGAGCCAAAACAUCAACUGGGUGGUGCCUGAAGGCGGCGGCGGACCGGCCUACAACGGCAUGUGAACGUCUUGUUUGUUUUUCUACUGUUUGUCUUGAAAGAAAACCGUAAAGAGUCGAGACAUUCAGGGCGACAGUACCUGAGUAACAAACGUGCCUGAGUAUGGAUCUGAAAAUAACUGCUAGCUGCUUUUUGAGGGCGAUUAAAAAAUACAAUGUGCAAAAAGCAAGAAUAUUAGGAAAAGUGCAUAUCGUCAUAGAAAUGUAUUCUUGAUGUAACCAGUGGGUAGGAGGUGUAACAUGUGGCACAGGGUUAUGAAACCCAUGCAAAAAUCCAUAUUCUUCCUGAGGAGGCAAAGUCUCGACCCGCCUGAUCGGCUCCUAUCUGUUCCCUUCAUCAGGUCAGUUCCUGCACUGCAGGAGUUUGGACCUGAUUUUCCCUUCGGCGAUGAUUUUUAGAGAUCAGUGAUUAAGAGCCUCAGAUCAGAGGCACACCGGCGCUCACUCCCGUGUUUGAUGAUGGCCAUGUGUGAACUGUUUAAAGUAGCUGGCUGAUGCCUGCCGGAUGUCCAGCAGGCUUAAUAUGUGGCUGAGCUGCAGACGGGUCAGGGAGUCGGGAACUCGCUGCAGCCCAGGAGAGACGCUGCUCGUCCUCCCGUCCCUCUGCUCUGCUGUCAUCCACAGGAAAGUUCACGUCAGGCCCAAUUUUCUGUUUGAGCCCGACUCGGACUCCACCGCUGUUUUCUUUCUGGGCUCCUUCAUAUGACAAAUUGCCCAAUACAGACAGACAGAUCACUCAGUAUAACUUCCCACUAUAUGUUCUUGAGAGCAUUAUGUCAAUCAAUGACCAAAUUUGACACAAACCCAGAUAUCAACUCUAAAUUUGAGCUGUCGGGUCCAGAUCUGUUCAGGUCGGGUAUCCACGGUGUUAUCUGCAGCAGCUCCCUGAACUUAUCACACACCUAUUUGUCUGGAAUGGCACAAUAAUAAACGUGAAGUAUUCUGACAGACACUACAGACUUUAGUGUUGGUCAGAAUACUUUCCAAGUUUUUCAGUAACUAAAGUUCCUGCUGAAUACGAGCAGCCAGUUUUUUUUUUUUUCAAAUCAGAAACUUUUACAUCUUGCGCCGAGUCCCCCGUCGCUCACCGACUGUGAGACCACCAGAUACAAGAGAGAAAGUUGUGUUAGGGAACAGGACAGCGAUCCGAUGACGUACAGAGUGAGAAUGGUUUGAGUUUAGUCGGGUGGGUCGUGCCUUUGCUAUCCUCGGGAAAACGAAAAGUCAAACGCAGGACCAUACUGAGCUGCUGUUAAAAGCAGAAGUCAGUUUGUAGUUUUUACAUCACUGCUCUUACAUCCACAACACGGGCAUUUAUAAAAGUGGCUCUUAUUUGUGUGUUUAAAAAAGUAUUUUACAAACUGUAAUAGUUAAUAUAUUUCCUUCACAAUCAUCAGGAACUGAACGAACAAGCUGUUCUCAAAUCGAGGUUUAUUUCAGCGUUAUUGCAGGUAUACAGUUUAAUGACAGCAUUUGAUCUGCACAGUAUUGUACAUAACAUUAGAUGAUGGUAUCACAUUAAUGAAUAAAGAACACUUGACUGUUA